UGUGCAUUUACCAUAAUACUGACUACACGCACCAAAGUGCCAAGACCUGCACCGGUUGCGCCACAUUAGCUGUUGAAUAAAGUUAAAAUAGUUGGUUGGUGUUUGCUGUUUAUCGAAGGAUUUUGGCUUUUCAUAGUAUGUCGAGUCGAAGGAGCGAGGCGCUGGCAUUCUCUCUAGUGACGGGGAUCAACCUGGCCAUGGCGCGGUUGGUGGACAUCUGGGACAGCAUUGGAAUCAUGGAAGAUCAGAGAGUGGAACGCAUGCAGACAGUGAAGAGGCACAUCGAGGGUCUUCUGAACGAAAUGAUAACCGAGGAAGAAGCUUUGAAGCAACGAAUUGCAAACAAUAUCAUCACUUUCCAGAGGCAGCUGGAGACCUUGUGCCUGGAAAUGUCCUUGGAACCUUAUACAGUCGAGGACGACCUCACAGUCCUGCAGAUGGAGAAGAACCUGCGGCUGCGGGUGGAUGCCCUGAUGAAGGAGAAGAAUGAGCGUCUGAAGGAGCUGGCAGACCUGCAGCAGGAGGAUGAGGAGCUGUGUGAGGAGCUCUGUGCCACGCCCUUCUACAUCCCUACCGGCACCCUGCCGUCCUGGGCACAGCUGCAGGAGCUGCGCCAUCACAUCUGCCGUCUCAGUGAGGAGAAGAAGAGCAGAGUGAAGGUGUUCUCUGGUCUGAGGGAGGACAUUGGCCGUGUGAUGGCUGAGAUGGGUCACGAGCCAGAGACCAGCCUGGAGAGGGAGGCCGUGUGCAAUGAUGCUGACAUCUUCCUGCUCACACAUGAGAACAUCAAGGCCCUCAGGCUGCUGCUGUGCCAGAUGGAGAUGAAGAAGAAAUCUCUCAUCGUCACUCAAGAUGAGCUGAAAGGGAGGGCCAUGAGCCUGUGGAACCGUCUGGAAUGCCCAGAGCAACACCAGAGGGAGUUUCAGGAUAACCUACCCAAUAUUUUGUCUGAGGAAAUUUCGCAGUGGCAGAGCGAGGUUCAUCGGCUGGAGAUGCUGCAGAAGGCCAAGCUUGAGGAAGUUAUUGACAAGGUUCGCCAGGAGCUGGUGGAGCUCUGGGACAAGUGCAUGUUUGGUCCCAAACAGAGAGAGUCUUUCAACCCCCACUUUUUUGACAGUAAUUUCACAGAAGAGCUCUUGUCUCGCCAUGACGAAGAACUGCGCCAAGUGAAAGCCUUCUAUGAAAAAGCUAGCCCCCUUUUGGAAACUGUGGAGAAGUGGGACAAGAACUGGGCGCUCUUCCUGGACUUUGAGAAAAAGGCGUCCGAUCCAAAUCGCUUCUCCAAUAGAGGGGGAACUUUGCUCAAAGAGGCCAAGGAGAGAGUGAAAGUUCAGAAAAUGCUACCCAAGCUGGAGGAGGAGCUGAGGACUGUGGUGGAGGUCUGGGAGAGGGAGCAGGGUAUUGCUUUCAUGGUGUGGGGUCAAAGAGUCAUGGAUUACAUCACCACUCAGUGGGAGGAGCACAAACAGCAGCGAGGGAAGGAGAAGAAUGAGCGUAUGACAAAGAAAGGUGAGACCACUCAAUUAAAAACCCCAUCCAAGAGAACCCACACAGGCUUUAAUGGCAGUGUCACUCCCUGUAAGGCCAGAAAGACCCCCAACCAGACGAUGAUACGCACAAACAGCAUCAGCUCCUCCACCUCCAACAGCACAACUACAACCUUCCUCAGUGUGUCAGUCAAGCCCCCCUUGUCCUCCCAGAAGGCCCAGCAGAGGAACAAAGCCUUUGAGACGAGCCAGCGGGCACCACUCCAGGAGUUCAACAGCGAAAAGAAGCACAUGAGAAUUGGCAGCUACUCAGAAUUCACAGGCCGGCCCGCGCCAUAG